AUGCUACACGAGAUCCUCCUCUCCCUCUCUGGACAGCCGUCCCCCCUCUUCGCUACAACCGGGAAAGAGACGAGCUCGCAAGAUGAUUUCCCGCUUCUCUCACCUCCGGAAAAAGCUCUCCUCGGAUCGAUUGCGCAUUUAAGUCACCUUCAUGCUCAAUUACGCGAGCGUACCUCUCAAAUAUCUUCCUCCCAUGUUUCCGUUAUCUGCCGCUCCGUCUCUACGACCAUAGUGACUGUCCACCUUGGCGAAUUCCAGAAGAAAAUACUCGAGGUAGAAAAGGCUAUUCUCUCAGAAGACAGCUUAUAUGUUGGCGGAUACGGGAUUGUCCCAUUAUCGACCAUCGUGAGAGAAUUUGCGCCAUGGACUCGGCGUCUGGAAUGGUUAUGGGAGGUUGUUCAAUUUAUUCACCCACAGAGCCAAGAUCCUAGACGUCUUCAUGGAUGUACUGGGGCAGCACUCAUUGAUUACCUGCGAGCCGAGCUCCAAACAGGAUAUGCAGAUAUUAAGGACAUGGCCGUGCAACUUGUGACCGCAGCGGAGACAACAUGGAUGAAACAAUUAUCAAUGUGGCUCCUCUAUGGAAACCUACCGAUGUAUGGCAAGGAAGACUUUUUUGUCCAAGAGGAUACCAACAGCGAGGAGGACGACAUUCAAUUCAAGAUGCAACUUGACCUGCUUCCGAAAUUUGUCGCAGAGCAAACUGCUGGAUCGAUUUUGUUUAUUGGAAAGUCGCUAAACCACAUUCGAUCCAAAAGGAAGACUUCUGUGGGAAUUUCCACGGCACCAGUUACGUUGUAUCAGGAACAUAUCGAGCAACUUGCUGGGUUGAAAUCCCCUAUCUCCUCCUCAAAGUUGACUACUGCCGUAGACUGGAUUCGCCUUUCGUUGUCCCAGUCCACUCUAUCAAAGUUGCUCCCGGUCCCCAAGAUUUUGGAGACGCUUACACUGUUGCAUGACUUUUUCCUUUUGGGGCGAGGAGAAUUUGCCGUGGCUCUCGUGAGUCAUGCAGACAAGCGUAUUGAAGAAAGCCGCAGACGAGCUGCAGGAGGUCGCACCCCGGCCCUGGAUAGCCUUAUUAUCAAAGAAGGCGAUGUGGUGACUUCUUUGGCACAUACAUGGGCGGAACUUUUCUCAAUACAGAAAGAGGAGGAUCCGGCUGAUGAAGAAUUAGAACUGGCUCGUGAGCUGCUACGACUGUCCAUCAGCGACCGGAAAAAUGGCCGUGCGAUGACCCCCUCGCAUGGCUCUACUGCCGUCCCAGAGAUCUCAAGAGUCUCAUUCGAAGAUAUUUUGUUCCCGACACCCACAUAUUUAACUGCGCAGAUCCGCGCUCCCCUAGACCUCUUCCUUUCCAGUUCUGAUAUUGCCACCUACUCCAAGAUUCAUUCUUAUUUACUUGGCAUUCGACGAGCACAAAUACGUCUAGGAGAUCUAUGGAAGCGAACUUCUUUACGACGAAACUAUCCCACUCCUUGGGGGCCGCCGCGUAGUAACAAGCCCUUUGGCCAGAACAGACUUAGGGCAAGUCGCGAGAGGGACAACAUUCGUACCAAGCAGAUGCGCCCAAUCUGGGCUACUGCCAGUGCCAGUCUAUUUGUUCUUUCGGAGGUUGGCAGCUUUUUCCAAGGCGAGGUUGUUCACGAGUCUUGGCAACAUCUUCGUGAGUGGAUUCAAGGCAGUCCUUCGUCGACCGCAUCGGCACCUAGCUCCCGACCAGGAACGGCAGGAUCUAUGAAAGCACAGAGACAAUCCCGUUUACCUUCGCCUGACCGUGCGUCUAGUCGACCGACUUCCCAAGCAGGGCCGACCAUGGGACGCAAUGACCCCGAAGCACUUACCACUGCCCACCGUCGACAUCUGUCAAUGGUUAUUCAGUGCUUGUUCUUGACAGAUGUUCCAUUUACUAGCGUUCUACGAGCACUUCUUACGAGCGUCGAUCGGUUUGUGGCCCUAGUGAUUCGACUAGAGACGAUCCAGCGCAAUAUGGAUCUAGAAACCGAUGAAGGAGUAGUGGAUGCAUUGGUCGACUAUGCCGAAGAAGAGCGAGAAAUAUGGAAUGAGUUGCAAGCCACGCACGGCGAUGUUACAAGUGGUAUCGAAGAUCUGGUUGCGAGCUUGCGUGAUAUUGAUGAUCGUCGUUCUGGAGAGGGCCCAGGCCUUGGCACAAAUCCUGCUCACGGACUAGGAUGGCGGGGAAAUCGACCUGAUACAAACACAGGCCUGAUAGGCCACUAUGUACCGCGCCAGCCAGCCGGCGUGGAUCGACUCUUGAUGAAGCUGGACUUUGGGAGUCUGCGUAGUGCGGGUGGCAUGGCCAUUGCACCGGGGCUCGCAAAUUUGCACUAA